GUGUUUCGCCGCCAUCUUAAGUCCUGGUUUUGGCUUCAGCAGAGGGUGAGGCCGCUCAGAUCAUCUUGUGUUUGGGCGGCGGCGGCGUUUUUCCAACGCGCGGGGAAACUCUGGGAAAGGGGAAGUAAGGCCGAAGCUUGAAUCCCCAAAGCAGCUGAAGGUGGGCUUGAGAGCCUGCUCCCUGUUUAGUCUGUUUCCUCAGCCAAGUACUCCUCCACCAGUGACCCUGGACAGUAACAAAACUAAUAAAAUCCCGAACCCAAACCCUGCCACCAUCAUAGCUUCCCAGGAACCAGUCAACUUGCCAUUUAUUUGUUCUAUGUGCUCGGCAACCACUCUUUUGCUCUCUGUCAUGAUGUAUGUCACUAUAGGCAGCAUAAUUCCUUUGAGAUCCAUCCAACUUGUUACCUGUAUCACCUGUUCAUUCUUUUUUAUUGCUGAGUAAUACGCUAUGGUAUAGAGAUACCGCCAUCUGUUUAACCGUUCACCCCCUGAAGGACAUCUGGGUUGUUUCCAGUUUGGGGCUAUUAUGAAUAAAGUUUGCUGUGAACAUUUGUAUAAAGAUUUUUAUAUGAGCCUAGUUCUCAUUUCUCUCAGAUAAACUCCUAGGAGUGAAGUUUUUGAGUCAUAUGGUCCGUAAUUACUCUGGAAUCAAUAAGCCAUGGAAUCAAAGAAAUUUGCCAUUAAAUGUGGGAAUUUUGCUGUCCUGGUCGAUCUUCACAUACAGCCACAGGGUUCAAACAAAGAUACCAGCUGGUUUUCUGAACAGAAGAAAGAGGAAGUCUGUUUACUGUUAAAAGAAACCAUUGAUUCAAGAGUUAAGGAAUACUUGGAAGUUCGUAAACAGCACAGGCCAUCAAAUACAGAAUUCACAAGAUCCAGUCCCUUGACCUUAAAAGGUUAUGGCUUUCAAAUCACAGCCUAUUUCCUCAAGAGAGGGUUACACCUUUACUGUUUCAAGGGUUCACAGAGUACUGAACUCCGUGUAUUUCCUGACAGAUUUGUGGUCUGUGUAAGUCAGCUUUCGUUCAGUCAUGAUCUUUUGGCAAGUCAGAAUGAAGAAUUGACGGAAGGAGGUCUCCAUGGAGCGUCUGAUUAUUUUGCUGAGUGUGCGGAGAGUCAACUUCCUCCCAGUGCAAAGCGCAAGAGAAAUGCUCUGAAAGAAAUGGUGAAAAGAACUGAAACGAACAGCAGCGUUGUGAGCAAAUCAUGGAGCAGAAGGGACAUUGUGGGAACAUGUAGUGACCAAGUGAUUGCGGAGAUAGCGAGGAGGAGGGGUGACAGUCGGGCUUCAGCCAGUCCCCCGUCAGAGUCCACGGGACAAGCAAAAGAUUACAUAAAGGCAGCCGAGAGCCACUGGGGGCUUCCUGUUCAAGAGCUGGAAAAUGUUCAUCAGACCCAGCCAGAAGACACUAGUGGCCAGUAAAAACCUCAUCUUGGGGAGUGGUUAGAGACAGGCCUUCUAAGCAGGAGCCCUGUCUGUAACUGUGAGUCAGCAUCACCAGGUCCAAAACAAAGUCCACAAAGGGCCAGAGCACAAUAGAAAUGCAGAAACCGCGCCUCUGCAGAAGAUGUCGACCACCACAAGAGAGUUUCUCUUGGAAGUGAUCAAUUAGCCCCAAGAGAAAUCAUAGUAGAAAAAAGCAAAGCUUUCAGGAUUUUGCCAGCCUCAGAGCUGUCAAAUCCGGGGUUACUUUUGAAACGAGGUUUGGCAAAAACGGCAUCUAAUGAAGAGUUGCAUGUUUUGGAAAAUCUCUCCUCCGGACAUCUUACAAAAUAUCAGCCAAGGCAGGCACAGCAGACCGGCUCAACCACAAACACUGAAAGAUUAUCUGCAGUCCGGGACAGCCCAACCAAGAAAAGAAAGAAGUACGAAAGAGGCCACUAACUUACUAACGGGGAUUGCUGAGUUGUAGUUGGGUAUGUAAUGGCUGAAGGUGUGGAAAGAGAGGGGUGUGUGCGGCUGUACCAACGUUGAAGGAAUUAGAACGAUUAUUUUGCAUGGAAAAUAGAGCUCCAUGUGAGGAUUCUUUUUUAACACAUUCAUCUCCGGGAGGCUAUGUGGUUUUUCUAACAACACUGCCACUUUCUCAUCUUACUUCUAUAACUGCCUUCAGAGUCCUUCACCUCGUCAAAGAUGACCCCCUUCUUGAAGGAACUGCACAAAGAAACCAGUAGUGUGCCUUCAUGACUCAUCACUGUGUGGACUAUACAAUGGGCCACAUGAAGACGGUGCUGUAUCUGGGGGGACAGUUUCUCCUUCUGUUCCUCAGCCUGAGUCGGGCAGAAGUGAAGGAACAGGCUAGUGGUCCUCAACAUCUGGUUCUGGGCCCCGCAUCACUGUCUGAAAAUGUGUUAGAAAUGCAGACCUUGGGCCCCACCCCAGACCUACUGAAUGAGAAACUCCGGGCGAUUCCAAAACAUGCUCAACUUUAAGAACCACUGGACUAAUUGAAAACUCCCUGCUAUUUGUUUCCUCCAGCCUGGCUCCCAGGGCCUCCAGCUCAUCGGCUGAGGCCCGCUUGUGGACAGGCACCCCCUCGUGUUCUGUCAAACUUGUAAAACACCUGAGUUUGGCAUCUGAGCUGCUCAGUUCCUGGCUUCUCCACGGCUUGGUGGCUGCAGCACCCACAAAUCUGUUACCUUCCUAAGAAGUGCUAGAAGUUUAUGGGUCAUUUGGCCCCGCAUUAGAGGGAGACAGUGGAGGGAGAGGCUUGCUCUCUCUUGUAGCCCAGGCGUGUCCCUGUCCCAGCACUUGCCCCCAGCUCUAAGAUUUCAGUUAGGUUCAGGAAGGAUUAAAACCCAAGGGGAAAUCAGUGGCCGAAGUUUCCAGUUUCCCAGUUGGAAGGCGUCACAGGCAGUUUGAAUUUCUGCCAUUUGCAGUAUCACCCACGAAUGUCUCCAGUGGGCCUGCUGAAAUGUCACUGAGUGAAUCAUAGCAAUGACUUAUUUUGGAUGGACACCUACUAAAGAUUUUCUUAACCCAAUUUCAUUCUAAAAUAGGAGAAAACCCAUAUUCAAAGGCCACCCAUCAAAUACAUCUUUUUUUUCUCCUCAACAUUGUGUGGUCCUUUGAAGUAGCACCUCCCUAGUAACAGGAAAAUUAAGUAUAUUCCCAGAGUGUUGGAGUUAGCAGAAAAAUGACCCAGAAAAAGUCCAAUGAAAUAAAAGAACAUGGAAACAGAGAGAGUGUAGGUGGUUCAGAAUGCUUAAAACUAAUUGUGGUUUUGUUUCUCCUAGCUCAUUCUAUGCUGGCCUGUGACUCCUUUCCCACUUGUUAGGGUAAGACUCCUUAAGAGGCAACCAUGAAGUUCAUGAAGUUCAGUGUUGGUCACUACGCCUAGCCAUGAACAUAGAUGCUAUUGCUUUGAUGUUCCCCAGGCUGCCUGGACACCUGUCCCCUUCUCAUGGUCCCAGACUCACCACCCCGACCAGGAACAUGGCCCUGCCCAUCGGUGUCCUUUCCUCUUCCCACAGGUUUUUCUCUGCUCUUAGCUGAUUCCAGUUAAAGCAUUCUACAGGAGAAGAGGGAGCCCGACAGAGUACUAACCACAGUGAGUCGAGUUAGUUAGUUAGGGAGCAGAUUGUAUUCAUCCAGUUGGGGUAGACAGCACAGAAUGGAAAUGCUCCACGGGGGGCCCCUCUCUUCGAGCGGCAGUGUUCUAGGUGUGCUCUUCCCCGAAGACAGGGGCAGAGUGUGUCGCUGAAUCUUCUUCAACAGAAUUCUUGGAACAGUCUAAAUAGAGAGGGCCCACAUAACAACCCAGGUGACCGGCCAAGAAACAAUAAGCUCCCAGAACAGAGUCUUGAUUAAAAAGGGCAGCCAUUCCAGAACAAUAGCUGCUGCUAACCCAGAACUGGGAGGUGUUUGCUAUGGAGGCGCCAGAGAAAAGCUUUUAAUUGAAAAGUUUUUUUCAUUUGUUAACCGGGGCCUGCACUGUGGGUACAGCCAAUCUUUGUGAUUUAAUGAUUUUCUCUCAAGAGCAGCCUUAGCUUUAGAGUUUGAUAUAUUUGUGGAAAUAACAAUUGCUGUGACCUCAGAGGGAAAAUAGCACCUGUGGUUGUAGACUGAUAGGGUCUUCCUCACAGCCCGCAUGCACAUGGGAUUGUCACAGGAUUAACGGAGGGAACAGCUCUCCCCUUCCGCACUGGGGCAUGUGUCUGAGGAAUUUUGCCUUUAAGCAUUUUCUUCCACAUGUCUGAAACCCCCCCGGAUCUCUUAUUACUUGAGUGGUUGUGCGAUUCUUUGGAUGUUUAAAAGUACAAAGGGGAAAAUGGCUGCCAGGUUUUAUUGUUGCUUAUUAGCUGGGAAAUGCAGAGUUCCCUAUGACUGGGAGUGGUUUGUGUGUUGACACUCUUAAUAAUCUUAUUAAUUCCACAUCCGAAAAUCUGAGAGGCUGUCAAUAUUCUUAGUCAAAAAGAACAAGUUCUUCAACCACUUAACUUAAUAACCCAAACUCAAUUUAUGCUCAAGUCCCUAAAAUUCUGCUGCUUGGGAGAAAUGUGGAUCCACUUCUGUUACUGUUACAACUUUGAACUUUCUCAAUGUCUUGGCUUCUAAGUCACAUCCAUGUGCUUUCAGAUGACUUUUUAAUAGAUUGAUGUUGAGUUUUGUGUUUUUGUUGUUGUUUUUUAAUGUCUCUAAACAAGAAAUGUCUGAGGACAGGCAGUGCAAUUUUUCUUACACUUUUUUUUUAUUUGCCACUGGAGGUUAACUGUUGUCCAGAUAUGCAUAUAAAUUCUUAAAUGCAAAGGAGCAGCAAUUUGGGGAUAGAGGAGUGAGUGCUAUAGCUUUUUUAUUUAUGUCAAAGAAGUAAGAAAAUGUAUUUCAUUUUAUAAAAAGCAAGAAUCAUUAAAAACGCUCUAGUUUGAUAUAUGGAGAAUAUAGCUUGUUUCUUAUCUCAAGAUAUGUCUUAGGGACAACAGUGGGAUCACAGUUAAUUGUUUGCUUCUGGUGUCGUGUUUGGAUUUUAGUAUGAAUUGUUUUGUAUCACACGGCCUUUGAUUUUAGCAAGAGCUUGGUGAGGGCAAAGCACAAAAGGGAAGGAAACCUCUGUGCCCAAGAGAAUGGCCUGGGAUCACAGUGCUGCCAUUCCCGGUUUCCUUGAAUUCCUUCUUGGCAGGCCCCACUGUCCUAUUUCCACAGAAUUUUAGUGAAUGGCCUUCCUUUUGAGGUAACAAAUGCCUUUCCUAAGAGCCAAAAAUCCUCUCUUCAGCAUUCCAUGACUUGAAUAUGGGAAUCAUUUUAGUUUUCUUCUUUGCUCUUAUGAGGAAAUAUCCAUGUUUAUUUUGUUAAGACGAGUUCAUUCCUUGUUAUUGAAACACUAAUGAAUUAAAAAAUGGUGGAGCAAGUAAAAAAUCAAAAUUAAGCUGAUUUCUGUUAAGCAGUUUAAGAUCUUCCUUAAGUAAAUUAAGCAUUGUAAAAUGAAGUUUAAUGCAGAUAAUUACUCAGGACAGUAUAUGGAUCAUUGGUAUUGCAAUUUAAUGAUAUAAUUAAAUUCUCAGAAAUCUACAGAACUCCUUCUAAUUUGGCUUCUAUAUUUAUUUAAGAAGACAAGGAACAAAUACCUGUCAGUGUGUGCACUUACCAGAGGGGACUUGAAUGUCUGAAAUUAUUACCUUUAAUUGUGGCUGACUACUCAAUACUGGACUUUUACCACAUUCAAGUAAGUUUUAUUAUGCAGCAUAAUAUUACCAUGUAUUACUUGAUAAUUGCUUUUAGAAUUGCUUAUUGAAAAUCUUGAUUUUUUUUAAUUAAAGAAGAAUCAGUAAAACUAUAUUAUGACCCCAAAAACAUCUGAUCAGGUGACCAUAGAUAUGGAUGUGAGAGAAUCCCAGAAUAAGUUUUAUUAAUCAAGGUAGGAAGCCAGACGCUGCAGCCAUCACCAGGAGAGUUCUUUCUCCCCAUCGCCUUUAUCCUGUCAUUUGUUUUGUUUGAACUACUUCAACUACAAAAGAGUUGAACAUGCCUGAAGGUACAUGGAUCAAAGUAGUAUGUAGAGGAAACAAACCUGCUUUAAAAAUAAAAAGGAAAAUUGUUUUAAAAAAUUAAAUUAGUGUGUAUCACUUUCUCUAAAGCAAGGGAGUUCGCCCUAAGGAGUAUAUAUCCAAAAUGCCCUUUUCUGAACAUGCGAUUUAAAAUUAUAUUCUCUUAGAGAUUUUUUUCCUCCUUGAAACAACUCUGUGGUUUUGAACACUAUGUUAAAAUAAUCCCAAGGAGCUCUGCUUCUGAACAUUUAGGUCUGGAAAAUCCUGUGUGAGGUGUAAGAUUCCGGGGUGGUCUUUACAAUGCAGAUAUGUUCCCAUUUCUUCGAGUUGUGAGCUAAGAGAGAUCCCUCUUAUGAGAGGUUAAAGUAUGCAACCUUGACUCCUUUCCAGAAGAAUCUUGGCAUUUCCCAAGUGGACUCAUUUCCAUUUUCUGAGUGGAUCUAGUCCUUGUUCAUCACUGAAUAAAGUCCUGGUCCAAC